CAUUUUGCAAAAUUCGCAAUAGUUAAUGAGAUACAAAGUAAUAAUUGUGUGUCAAUAAGCGCGUGAGAAGCGAUGGUCCUGACUCUGUAGGCGCGUGUGAUUAUCAGCUGAUCGCGGAAAGCAGUGGCUUCUUAUCCCUCGAGCGCUGCUCGCUCUUUUGCGUAUCGCUGAAUAUCGGCUGAUCGCGAAAUCAGCCGAGUCAUACGCCGCGCUCGUUUGUUCACUCCGCCUCUCGUUGCUCUGACAGUCACACACCUACGCCUACAGAGUCAGGACCAUCGCUUCUCACGCGCUCAUUGGCACACAUUUAUUACUUUGUAUUAACUAUUGCGAAUUUUGCAAAAUGGCAAAUAAUUUUUCUAUUCAGUUUGACUCAAUCUCCAUACUUUGGCUGUGUCAAAAUUUUACGGACACUCGGAGCGGCAUAGCCUCUGGUGUGACAAGUAUACUGGCGAAUUCGCUGCAAAAUCGGAUUGGGAAUGGGCCACGCCAAAAGAUUUGGAAUGUCUGGGAAUGUUUUACGGUAUAGUGGGAAAGAUUGAGCAAGCAUCAGUGCUGGAGCCUCGCCUGAUGCUUAUAAAGGAUGUCACACCAGCAGGAGAAUUGCACGGUGGUCAUGUUGUCUACAAAAUCAAAUCUAUAGCAUUUUUACACAUCGGUACUGAGAACACAGAUGUUGGCCUGUUACCUUGCAAGAAGCAUCAGUAUGUGCUAAAGAAAAAGGGAAACGGCGGCUUGUUUGAUGUGCCGCAGAAAGCAGCUCUAGCAAAAACUUGGGGUACAAUAAAAAACGCCACGAAUACUAUAAAAAAUACUACUCAGCAAGCAGCUGCGUUAGCUACGUCUCAAGUAAAAUCUACAGUAACAAAACGUAGCAUAGUGAAGGACAAGGAAAGAUUCGAAAAGAGAAUAUUAGAAGAAUUGAACAAGAUAUUUACGGAAACUGAUUCUUUCUUCUUUUGCCAAACUGGUGACAUCACCAACAGCUUGCAACGACAAUGUAUAGUGGAGUCUCAGCAAAAUCAAAGCGAUCAAGAUAAGCCGUUGUGGCAGCGCGUAGAUGACAGAUUCUUUUGGAAUAAGCACAUGUUACAUGACAUCAUCAAUUUGAAUACAGAUAAAGCAAACUGUUGGAUAUUACCGAUCAUUCAAGGCUACGUUCAAAUAGAAAAAUGUAUAGUUGAAGUGGGCUUUGACGAGCAACCACAGCAAGAAACUUUUAAUUUGGCAAUUAUAUCGAGAAGGAGUAGAUUCCGAGCUGGAACCAGGUACAAAAGACGCGGAGUAGACGAUAACGGCAAGUGUGCGAAUUAUGUUGAAACUGAACAGCUAGUUUGGUAUCACGAUCAUCAAGUGUCCUUUGUACAAGUACGAGGAAGUGUUCCAGUGUAUUGGUCGCAACCGGGAUACAAAUAUAAACCACCACCAAGAAUCGACAAAGACGAGGUUGAAACGCAAGUGGCAUUUGAGAAGCAUUUUGGCGAAGAGCUUGCAUUGUACGGUCCUAUUUGUAUCGUGAAUCUGGUCGAGCAAUCCGGCAAAGAAAAGAUAAUUUGGGAAGCUUACAGCAACCAUGUGUUUAACUAUAAUCAUGCGGAUAUAAUGUAUACCACCUUUGACUUUCACGAGUAUUGUCGGGGAAUGCAUUUCGAAAACGUGUCUAUUUUGGUUAAUGCACUGGCUACCGUGCUAGCAGAUAUGGGUUACUGCUGGCGCGAUAAACAAGGUACGAUUUGCACGCAAAAGGGCGUAUUCCGCGUUAAUUGCAUAGAUUGCUUAGAUAGAACAAACGUGGUGCAAACUGCUCUGGGUAAAGCUGUUAUGGAAAUGCAGUUCUCAAAACUAGGACUAAUACCGCCCGAUGGAACUCUGCCUGCAAACAUUAGACAGACUUUCCAAUCGCUUUGGGCUAAUAAUGGGGAUAUUAUUAGCAAGCAAUAUGCAGGAACGAACGCUUUGAAGGGAGAUUACACGCGUACCGGAGAGAGAAAGUUUACCGGGCUGAUGAAAGAUGGCAUGAAUUCUGCAAACAGAUAUUAUCAGCAACACUUUAUGGACGACUUACGUCAGUCGGCAAUAGACACGCUGCUAGGAAACCCAAUCGACGUUGAUCAACUGAACAACGAUUGGUCACACUAUUUAGAUAUCUUUGAUAAUUGCUGUCUCGAACUUAUACCUAUGAAACCACCAAAUGUACAACUUCAAAUCGCUACUCUUCCCGACUUCCUUUAUGCCACUGCUCUCUAUAAUUUAUUAAGAUAUUAUUUGAAUCGCUUCAAGGAUGUCUACAGACAAGCGACAAUUGAUAUGAUGUUGGGAAAUUCAGUGAGCGAGGAAGUAUUUCUAGAACGCACGGAAGAGGAAGAUAACGCGGCGACUGCGAUUCACGUGAAAUUACUAAUCGAAGACUGUAAAAAACUAUUGAUACCUGAUCCCGAAAUUAUUCUAGGCAGUUGGGGAGUUAUCGAUGCCGAUCCUGUUACGGGUGAUCCUACGGAAACGGAAAUGGACACUAUCUUGAUACUGACGCGUGACAGUUAUUACGUGGCGGAUUACGACGAUCAGAUUGACAAAGUUACAAACUACCAAAGAGUUUCAUUACAUGACAUCGUUCUGAUUGAAUUUGGUCAGCCCGAAAACACUGUCUCGUUCUUCAAGAAUAAGCAUUACCAUUGUAUUAGAAUUAAUUACAAAGUGAACGGCGAGUGUGGCUACUUUCACAUGUUUCGUAGUACAAAUUUAAGAUUUUUUAACAACAUGGCUGUCGUGAUCAAAACCGAAGAGGAAAGCAUAGAGUCUUUAAAAGCAAUUUGCGAAGCAAUUUCGAUUGCUAUGGAGAUCGCAGGUUUGCCAAAGGUUCCCGUAGCUGUGAACGUUGCGUUAGACAAGAGAAAGAGUAAAUUAGUAAAUGUUAAGGGAUCUACUGGGUUAUUAGAUAUCUCAUCGUUUCCGGAACUAACGAGAAACGUGUCAGAAACACAGUUGCUCGCUCUAAAAACUGCAGGCACAAAAGCAUUGAGCAACAUGUCGGAGCAGUUCAGCAAACUGAACAAACUGAGUUUCGGCGCGAAAAAGCCGAUUGACUUGUCCAAAAGCAUAGAAGCAAGUAGCAAGAAAACAGAGGUGCAGUCGUCAAAGCCGAUCUUUACUGUCGGUAGCAGAGACAUCUCGGGCAACGAAAAAGAGAAAUACAGCAGUAGCAGCAGUAGCGAGGAAAAUAUCGAAAUAUCGCGUAUACACGUUGAAAAGCCCGCGAACUUCAGUCACGAUAAACAUCUGAUGGAAGCUUAUACGCCGUUGAUUGGCAUUAUCAUGGGUGUAAAGAACAGCGGCGUCGUGGACGGCGAUGUUUGUGAAACCAAUGUGAACGUGGAAUUAUCCGCGAGGCAUCAAAACAGGAAUCUGAAUUUGAAACCUGACGUGGCUAUCGACGCGCUGCAUCUGAUACCGCAAACUGGAUCCGGCACCAGUACUCUCAGCGCUUCGCCGCAGAAAACCACCGCAACUACGCCGGAGAUAACGGUAUAUGACAUGGGAGACAAUCUAAAUGAAGAGAGGGAACGAAUGAUUCCACCGUCAACGCUUUCGCUUUCCAAGAACAUCAGUCACUCGACCGGGGAUGUCGACAAUAAGGCAUCGACUAAUACAAAGAACACUCUUCAAACGGACAACAGAUUGGACGAGAAAAAAAGAUCGGCUUCCGAGCAGGACUUGACGUUGAACAUCACAUCGUCUCAAAGCGAGUCCGCCUUGAAAUCCAUCAAAGAGAACAUCGCGAGCGUUACUAGUCCGGUAGCGUCUACAGCAAAGGAUAUCUUGUUGCCAUUCUCGAAACUUGCUAAAGGUGUUCAAACAUUAGGAGCUAAUUUAGAUCCUAGAAAGCUGAAGACAGUUCACGUAAUGCGAAAUUUGUCGGAACAGCAUAUGGAAGAGCGACGAAAACUUCAGGAAAGAUGGGCCUCCUGUCAAUCUAGACUUAUUGCUUUGUAAACUUUUACUACCCGAAUGACCAGCUUUCUGAUCGCAAUUCGUGAUUAAAUAUCAAUCUAGAGCUUUUAUUAACAUGUACGUAACGAGAUUGAAGACGUUAUGAAUUCGAUAUCAUAUAGCGAGACACGAGUGCCAUUAUGCAUUCUUAAAACAAAAAGAAAAAAACAAAGAAAAAAAUAACGUAUUGAAAGGUUGUAUUAUAGGCGGUUUUAUCACAUAGAUCGCGUGUAGUUUAAUAAUAUGAGAAAAAUAUCACGUAUAUAAAUAUAUAUAGACAAGUAGCAUAUAAAUUUGAUCGUGUUUUGUAGAAAAUCUUUAAAAAAUCUAUCUCACUGCACCUAUUUCGUAUAUUUUCACACUUCACAAAUGUAGUAUUAUCAAUGUGAAACAAUCAGAACAAAACACUCGGAAAGAAACUUUAACAGAGCAGAUAAGAAUAACACAAAGUACAAUACGGUCAAUAUAUAUUUAUUAGUUAAUUGGUUUGAGAUGUGCAAGUUUAUAAAUUUCGAACAGUGUCUGUAUAUUGCUAUUAUGCGGGAUCGUGCUAGCUUUUAGCACUGUUUUCUUGAACCGCGUUGUCUAUGUAAAUUUUACUACAUAUUAGCUAACAAUUUUUUGGGCAUAUUUUUACAUUUUUAAUAACAUUUUUCUGACAUUUUUAGCGACCGUAUUUAAAUGCGACCAAUCUGAAUUAAUGGUAUAUGAGCAUUUUUUCGAUGUACAAUAUUAUGAAAUUUUCUCCCAGUAUCGAGAUAUUUUUCUUACAUACGUAUAUUUUUUUUAUUAAUGUGCAUACUAGUAUGUUCAUGUUCACUCUUUAUAUACAAGGUGAUGAAAAAGUACCGUAACACCUGAAUAAAUCGGAAAAUAUAAGUUUUAUAAAAAAUGUUUCAGACAAAAGUUAUAGGACUUAAAAAGAUCUAAUUACUGAUCUUAUCAGUUUGACCUUGGUGGCACUGAAAAGGUCAGGUCAAGGUCACAUCAAUUUUUGUUACUUAUGCGAUGAUCUUCAUCUUACUUUAAUCGAUUGGAUGUGAUCUUCAUCUUGCUUUAACUCACUUUGAUCUCUAAAAAAAACAACGUAACUGAACAUAAAAAAGGAUGUUAAAAAGUGGUCGAUUUUUAUUCUCGGUGUGGCAUAUAAACUUCAAGUGUUUUUUUAUAGAAUCAUAAUAGAACGUCAUGUAAUUCUACGACAAAAAAUCUAUAAAAAAUCACUCGAAUUUUACUUGCUAUACCGGGGGCAAAAAUCGACCACUUUUUAACAUCCUUUUUUCUCGAUACAGAAAUAGGGAUUCCCAUAAAAAAUCUCGACUUGACCUUUCAAUGACCUUGAACAUCGACCUUAAGUUCAAGGACACCACUCCUCCACGAGGUACACCUUGACUAAUGCUAAUGUCAGCGGUAUUGUAACUUUCAACUCUUAUAACUCGGAAAGUAUUUAAUGAAAAAUAACUUUAUUAUAAUGUUUUGAAAAGCACUUGACACCAGCUAUUAGAUUCUGAAAUGAAAAAUACAAUGUUUCGUUAAAAAAAAUUGAUGUGACCUUUGACCAGUCCUUUUUAGUGUCACCCAAAGUCAAACUGAUAAGAUCAGUAAAUAGAUCUUUUUAAACCCUAUAACUUUUGUCUGAAACAUUUUUUUAUAAAUCUUAUAUUUUCCGAGUUCAGAUGUUCUGGUACUUUUUCGUCACCUUGUACGAGAAAGAAAAGUAACUUACAAUGCAAGUGAGAUGAUUUAUUUGUACAGGGAAGAGAAGCUUUAUAGUCAAUUAUGUAAAUACAGUGAAUGAUUUAAACAUAGUUUAGUAAAACAUACGUACAACAUAUGGAAAGAGGAGUGACAUUAUUGAUACACGAAGAGAAAAAUUGUAAAUUCUUAAUAUUUUUUCGAGAAAUACGAAGUAUAGGAUCUUUUAAAACGUAAAUAAUUUUAAAGUUUUUUAAACUAAAAACGUAAGAGAUAAAGAAAAACUUAAGAGCUUUUGAAAUAACGUUCUUUUAAGUUAUAAAUUCUUAUAAAUUGUCUCAUUAAUUCUUCUAAUAAUUUUUAUAAAUGUGUUAUGUAUGUAGAAAACAAGUAAUAUAGUUUAAAUACGUAGCACAACUAUGUGCGUGUAAUUGUAAUUGUAUAUUUGUUUAUUGUUUUGUUAUAAUUUUAGAUGCUUUAAUAGCUGUUGCAGAAUCAUAAAGUAUUUAUAGACUCAGCAAAACACAUUCAGUAUUAUAUAGAGCAUGUGCUAUUCACAAAACCAAGUAAAUUAUACGUGUGUGCAAAUCAGUGAUGUAGGAGGAUUUAGGAGCAAAUAUAGCGCAAAUUUCGUAUUUUAUAUAAUAGGGAGAAUCUCUAUAAACAAACAAGAUGUUGCAUUGCCUACUCUAACUGUAAAUAAUAUUGUGUCAUUAACACCACAGAAUUUCAAUUCCCGUCAACGUGUGCAAAUGCAUUGACAGAAACAAACUUAAGCUCGUAUAUAUACUUUUAGCGAACGUUCCUUUUACCAUAAAUAUAUAUAAUAGUCUGUGAUACAAUUUUACAGAAUACACACAAGUCACAUACGAGAAAAGAUAAAACUGAUAAGACUGUGUGAAUUCUGAAAGAGAUUUAGCUACGCUUUAGAAUAAAAAUAUAAAGGCUGUUUUUUUCCAAGUACUCAUUAUGAGAUCUUAAUUUUGACUUUGUUACCACAAGCUUAUUUGUUUUGAUAUGAUCAAAAAAAUUAUUUAUUUAAAUUAAAAGUUAGUGAGUUAAAUUAAAAGGUGUGAUUGUUACUUUUUAUUUGACAAAUGCAGUGUAAGGUCUAAUGCAAAUUUAUUGUAUUGAAUUUGUGUGAUGUGUGUUUUAUCACGGUUUUUAUAGUAGUUAUAACUUCCCACAUAGCAUCGUUAGUAGCACAAACGUUUCUGCAACGGAUUUUCCAAAACUUAGCAACGUUUCGUUAAACGUUUCUAAAACGUCGUAGUAACGUAGCGGAAACGUCGAAAUGUCCGCUUUUUAAGUUUCGGUCCGAUUUCGUUGAAACAUAUAAGAAACGUUGCCCGAUAAGUUGCAAAGUUGUUAAUGUUUAAAUUUUUAUAAACAUUGUAAAAUACAAUUAAUCAACCAUGCAAGGUUUGCCUGCUUAACCAUUCUCCAGGAAGGAGUGAUUACUUAAGUAAUGAUUACGGAGAAUGGUUGGUGAGCAGACAAAACCUGCAUGAUUUUAAAAAUGUAUUUUACAAUGUUUAUAAAAAUUUAAACAGUAACAACUUUGCAACUUAUCGGGCAACGUUUCUUAUACGUUUCAACAAAAUCGGACCAAAACUUAAAAAAGCGGACAUUUCGACGUUUCCGCUACGUUACUACGACGUUUUAGAAACGUUUAACGAAACGUUGCUAAGUUUUGGAAAACCCGUUGCAGAAACGUUUGUGCUACUAACGAUGCUACGGGGGAAUUUAUACAAAACACACACGCGCGCGCGUGUCUCGCAAGAAAUACAUGAAUUAAUAGAGUGAUUCUAUGAAGAAACAAAAUUAUUAAUCUUUGAAAUCAGUGAUUGCAUAAUGUACAUCAAAAUUGUAAAAAUCUUGUAUCUAAAUCAUGCUCAUAAAUAUAUUUUUCAAUCUCUUUCUUCCAAAAAUAUUUACGUUAAAGUUAUUUUUUUCACUUAUCUAAUUUACUUAGUUCUUGCGGGAUUUAAAUCUCUUACACAUCAAAAACCUCGAUCGUAGAACCUGUAGAAAAGCUUGAUAUGACUUGUAUUACCUAUAAGGUUCUCGUUAAAACAAAAAAUUUUGCGUACACGCCAACCACCAACCAUUGAGAGCACUUCUAGAACAAAUAAUAAAACAUAUUAACUUGUGAA